GCAGGUUUUCGCCGAGCUUACACUUAGUGUCAGGUCAGCGGCGUCACAGGUUCAGUUUGUUUGGCGUCAGCACGGAGGAACUAUGGGGGUGAGGUAGCCGGCGGGCCGCUGUGGUCUCUCGUUGUCGCUACCUGUUGUGCGCGGCACGGACUUCUUUUUUUUAGGAGCCCGGCGACGACAGACGUAAAAGGGCGUCAGCCGAGCUCUGUAACUGCUAACCACCCUACCCCCCCGGAGGAGGUGGAGAACGACAGGCCCGGGGGACGGUAUAAGAUGGAGGACAAGAAAGAGGAGGGCGAGGCGGAAAUCCAGGAACACGGACCCGAAUACUGGUUUACCAAAUGGGAGCGCCAGUGUCUAGCGGAGGCCGAGCAGGAAGAGCAGCCCGAGGCCGACGCCGAGGACGGCCAGCACAAGCUGUGGCAUCUGUUCCAGAACUCGGCCACCGCCGUGGCGCAGCUCUACAAAGAUCGCGUGUGUCAGCAGCAGGGGCAGCCUCUGUGGGCCACCUUCCAGAAUGCCGCAACAGCUGUCACCAAUCUAUAUAAAGAAAGUGUGGAUACCCAUCAGCGGACCUUUGAUCUUGGAAUUCAUGUUGGCUAUCAGCGGCGCAAUAAGGAUGUUUUAGCCUGGGUAAAAAAGCGUCGACGAACUAUUCGUAGAGAGGAUUUAAUAAGCUUUCUAUGUGGCAAAAUUCCACCUCCACGAAACUCGCGUGCACCACCAAGACUAACUGUUGUAUCUCCGAACCGAGCUUCACCUUCAGAAACUGACUCCUCUGUAGAGACUGAUUUGCAGCCAUUCCGAGAAGCGAUAGCUCUCCAUGGUCUGAGUGGUGCAAUGGCUAGUAUAAGUGUUCGCUCAAGUACUCCGGGCUCACCCACCCAUGUCGGUGGAAGUUCUAAUACCAGCCGUAGGAGAAAUGGACUCCUCGAUGUCGAUCUGAAUACUUUCAUAUCGGAGGAAAUGGCACUCCACUUGGACAAUGGCGGCACUAGAAAGCGUACUUCAGCCCAAUGCAGCAACGUCAUUACGGACUCUCCAACUAAUAAACGCAACAGAAUGAUCUAAUCCUACAAAAUUCUAAAAAAAAAAUCAAAAAAAAAAAUCCACCAUGCUGCUUGAAAGCCACUUUAUCCUCAACAUGCUGUCUGAAAGGAACCAUCUUCCCCCUUUCACUGUUCAAAACGCGUGAAUUCAACAAUUGCCAUAAGGAAGUUCUAAAUAUUACCGUAGAUGCAUAUUGGCUUUCUUUACCGAACUUCUUCACAGAACAUCUAAAAUUGUGUAGUAUAUGGUAAGACCAUCCUAGGUGAACAUCAGUCUAUUAAA